GCUGAAGCACUGGCUGUGGCCCGGGAUAAUUUAACCGCUCUGGAACGCCGGAUUGCUGAAACUCGGACACAACUGGCCGCAACCAAUACGCCGUCGGACGAUGCAAAUGGUGCCGGAUCAUACGAGGCGGCUAAAAGUGCGUCAGAGAGUACGGCAGACACCCGUUCCACUGGUUCUGUUGGCCUGAAAGCAGAUGAAUUUCAACGUUACGUGGCCAAAUUGCGCAGCAAGAAUACCGUGUACAAACAGAAACGUGCCCAGCUAAGCGAAUUGCGCGCCGAGCGUGGUAUUCUCACACGGACAAUCGAACGACUUCGAGCCGAAGAAACAGAAGCCAAAAACGGACUGGCAUCUACUGAAGCCGCCCAAGGAAUCAGUGGGUAUUGGGAAACUCAAUCGACCCUGGAAAAGGUUUCCGAACAAAUGUCCGCAAUCAAUCAACAAAAAAGGGCCACUUUGGACGAAAUGUCCAAGAUUGUCCAACAGCUGACAACGAGAAUCAAUGCGAAGCGGACACAAUUGGCGCCCAUACUUCGCGAACUGAGACCAUUGCGUCAGAAAUUUCAGGAAUUGAAUCAGAUUCACACAGAGAAAAAGAGCUCGUACGAUGCGUUGGCCGCCGGUCAAGAGUCUCAAUCGGUUCGACUAGAACAGGAUGUUCGUGCGUCUCGUGAGGCGGGCAAGAUUGAAGAGUCCCGAUUUCACUAUUUGUCUGCCGUGAUCGGCAUUGCCAAAGUACAACAAUAUAGACUACAGGAGGAGAUGCGUGGUUAUCUGGCUUGUGGUGGACCCGGCGGUGCGUUUGGUGCUUCCCUUGCCACUGCGGCAGCGACCGGGGAUACGACAAAUGUGAACGGGAACGAUCGACGUCGAAGCUUUCGGUAA